GGAUUUCCCUGCGCCCUUUGCCUCCAGAUCCACAUUGAUCUGAGCAAAGCGUGAUCAAUGCGGCGACACGAGAAACUCGCGCGUGAAUAACUUAUGCGGGAUGAUUGAUUUGUCUUUGCGCACAAGUUUGCGCAAAGAAAAAAAUCAAGCAACACAUAUAAACAGACGGAAAAUCUGUUAGAAAUACUCCAGUAUGUAGGAAAUAACGCGGGACUUUGGAUGUUUUAUUUUUGACGUCUCUGGGUGUGAUUGCCGUUUCUUCACGUGAUAGCCUAUGUAAAAAGAAAAAAAAAAGAUCAUUCAUUUCAAUAGGCAUGCUGCUUUCUCCCCUGGUCCUCCUCAGUCCCCUACCAGAUCCGUAUCUGCCUGGUGAGUGGGCCGCCUGCACGCGGUUUAAAUGGCCGCAGCUGCUGAAGGACAUGCCACACACACCCUGCUUCACUUUGCGAAGCUCCACUCCUUCACUUGACGGGUGUUAAUGGGAAAUAAUCGCCAAGUUUGAGGAGGAGAGAUGGUGGCGGCGGCUUUUCGGUUCAGCACGCUGGACAGCUCUCGUGGAAGUUGGAGAGGACGGCGGCGCGCGGACACACGAGGAUUUAAUUGAAAUUAAUUUGGGGAGCUGCCGGAGAGAUGAGCGACGGGUAACCAUGGUUGAUUUGAAGUGUUCACCAUCGACAACAGGCGCAGGUAAACCGAGAGCGGACUUUCUGGAGUGAGACAUGGACUUUGCUGAAAUUAUUUUCGCUUUGUUCAUCGUCGUGGUCGCGGUCGUCUCGCUGUUGUCAAACUUGUUGGUGCUGCUAUGUUUCGUCCACAGCACCGAGAUACGCCGACAGGUGCCCGGUGUUUUCACCAUGAACUUGUCCUUCUGCAACAUACUCAUCACCGUACUGAACAUGCCGGCCACUUUGGUGGGGAUUAUCAGGAACCAGAAGCCUUUUGGGGAUUGCAUUUGCCACACGGUGAGCUUUCUGGAGACUUUUCUGACUGCAAACACCAUGUUGAGCAUGGCAGCUCUCAGCAUAGACCGGUGGAUAGCGGUGGUCUUCCCGCUCAGUUACUCCACUAAAAUGCGCUACAAGGACGCGCUGAUCAUGGUGUGCUACUCCUGGCUCCACUCUUUCACCUUCUCCCUGACGGCGCUGCUCUUCUCUUGGGUCAACUACAGCGACGUUUACGCGUCCUGCACCUUGCAGCCGAGCGAGGAAGGCAGCGACAGGAUUAAGUUUACAAUCUUCACUGUCGUUUUCCACGCCACUAGUUUCGUGCUCUCCCUGAUCAUCUUGUGUUUCACCUACCUGAAGGUGUUGAAAGUCGCCAGGUUUCACUGCAAGAGGAUCGACAUAAUCACCAUGCAGACUCUUUUUCUGCUGGUCGACAUUCACCCAAGCGUGAAACAGAGAUGUUUAGCGGAGCAAAAGAGGAGAAAGCAAAGAGCCACCAAGAAGAUCAGCAUCUUCAUCGGCUCCUUCAUCAUCUGCUUUGCUCCUUAUGUAAUUACAAGGUUGGCUGAGCUUCUACCUUUUGUGGACAUCAACCGCCACUGGGGAAUUAUCAGUAAGUGCCUGACAUACAGCAAGGCUGCGUCUGACCCCUUCGCCUACUCCCUCCUACGUCAGCAGUACAAGAAAGUCCUGGUUACAGUUGUCAACAGGCUGCUCCGCCGUGACCUGUACCCUUCGUCUGGCCAUAACAGCUCUUUAGACACAGAGAACGACUACUGUCUCCAGAGGAUCAGCUAAUGGCAAAUGCGUGGACAUGACAGAUACACACUACAGGCCAAAAAUAAAGGUUGCCUUUUGGAGGAAGAAGAUGGGCGGAGGAAAAGAAUGAGGAGAGAGACAGAGAGGACAGGAUAUUGUUAGGAAGGGAAAAGAGAGUAGAUAGAGGGGACAGAUUGUGGGUGGGGGGCGAAGAGAGAGAGAGUAAAAAUAAGGAAGAUAGUGGGUGGAGAAGAAUGAAAAGACAGUAAUGAGGGGGAGGAUGAACAGGCAAAGAAAUGAAGAAGCAGACGAAAUGGGCGAGGGGAAGACAGAUAGGGAGCGACAGGGAUGAUGUGGAGACUCUGGCCUCAGACAGUAUUGGUAAACAAGGGAUCUGUGAUUCAUCAGAGACGGCAAAACACACAAAAACCACACAGAUGCACACACACGGAUCAAACAAAUCAAUUUCAUUGAAUAAGUCAUGGGUUCAGAUUCAUCUCAAACUGAAGGACCACACAGCUGGAGACGUCUUCACUUUGAGCGACAUGUAAAAAGCGGCCUUUUGUACUGUACCAGCCACUUUGUAAUGAUCUCGGCAAAUCCACACGUAGUGACCUUUCCUCUGCCGCAAAACACAGGGACGGUGGCCGUCUGUCGAUAGGCAGCAGAGCGAAGAUGUGAAAGAAAGGAAAGACUUUGUUGUUCCUGCUUCCGGAUAAUGUCCCCUCAGUGAAUGGAUGUACUCUUAGGUGUGGAGACUCAACUGCUGCACAUUAUUGCCAUGUUCUGUAUUGACCGUGUUAGACUACUUUGCAGUGUCAUGUCAGUCACUGAAUAUUGAUGCACUUUGUCUAAAUCUCUCAGAGCUACUAUAGUUACAGGAGCCAAAGGCAAAUAACAUUUAUACCACAAUGUUAAAGGAUAAGGCCGGCGAUAUUCUUUUUUUGUUUUUGUUACUGUCGACACAGUGCCAUGAAAAGACACAUGCAAGUGUCAUGCUUCUUCAUCGGCUGGCUCACUGAUGUGUUUUUAACAGUUUCUGGACAAAUCACUGACAAAGACCACCACAUGUAAGUAAGCAAAUUAAAAAUUAAAUAUUUGUUAGUAGCAGGAUGAGCUCAUUGUUGGUUUUUUGGUCUUUUUGUGGGUUUUGCUGACAGUAACAAAAACACAGAAUAUCACCCAGACUUAUCCCUUAAAGUGUGCGUUUGUAACUGAAUGUACUAGAGAUAGCCCACUUUUAACUGAAAUGCAUUUGUACAACUGUGCUUUGUUUUGCCAGUUGACUGGAGAAAAUGUUUCUAUGGAUAUUUACAUGAUGUUAUUAUAUAUUUUGCACUGUACAGAAACAACUUUUUGUCUAGAUAAAAGGGGAGCAAUGUGAUGUAGCAUAGGAAUGCUUUCAAAGUGCUUUAAAACACACUGUUCUGUGUUUGUGCCAGAUUUGAAAAUGUGACUUUUUCAGCUGUUCUAUACUUUAACCAGAAUAGCUGCUUUGUUAUUAAAAGAUUCUCAGUUUCUCUGGAUGUAUUUUACACACAUGUAUUUUUCCCUCCUGUGAGCCACUUGCUGUUCUGUUUAGUUAUUAGUGGAAUUAUGUGCAAUAAAAGCUGUCAAUUAUGAA